UUUGGUGUGAGCUGUCUCUUUAAGUGCACUGACACAGAGGUACAGACAGCAGCUGCAGGACCCCACUGUGAUCAAUAAGAGUCAUGCGAAGCUCUGCACCUCAUACCGCUGUAAUAAUCCUAGUCACCAUAUGCCCAGAUAAAACAUGCUAAUGAAAUAACAGCACACGCACACACAUGUAGAGCAAAACAGUAUCUUGAUUUUUUAAAAUAUAAAAUCCUUUAAGAGUGAACAAGCAGUGACAUUAAAUGGACACAUACUGCCAUCUAGUGAAGAUUCGGUCCUAAUUCCUCUGUGUACACUGCAGCCUCCUCUUCACCUGUCCUCUGACCUAAAUAGAGCACAUGACAUAUUGGUAUCUGGGAGGAGUUGUUUGCUACAGGUUCCACGGAAAUGAAAGUAAACGAAAACUAAAGGAAUGGGGUGGAGAUACCAGGGUAAAUAAGGUAAGAGCAUAGAAUAGAAACAUUUGUUAUUAAAGAUAAAACAAGUCGCUCUUUAGACCUUUCUGCAUCUAUUGAAGACGGACUCAAGUGUCCAGCCAUGGCUGACGCUUUGUUGUCUAUGGAGGAGGAUCUGACCUGUGUCAUCUGUUGUGAUGUCUACACCGAUCCGGUGACACUGAAAUGUAGCCACAGUUUGUGCGAGAAGUGCUUACAGGAGUUCUGGAGCACUCAGGACGUGAUACGAUGUCCGGUCUGCCGAAAGGAAUGUUCACACGAUGAACCCACAAAGAGCUUGGCCUUUAAAUCGCUCUGUGAGACAUUCAAGAGGAAAAAACCCACAGCUAUUUCAGAAGACAUCUGUCAGGAACACAACAAGAAACUCAAAUUCUUCUGCUAUGAGGAUGAGAAGCUCUUCUGUGUGGUCUGUCAAGCUUUACAGAUCCAUGAAAAUCACAAGUGGUCACCUGUUGAAGAGGCUGUCGUGAAUGUAAAGGAGGACCUUGAGGAACAUAUAGACGCAUUACAAGUAACCUUUGAUGAGCUCAAGGAAGCCCAUGACAGCUGCAUGAAACAGAUCGAGUUCAUUGAGGAACACAGCAGUGCUGGGGAAAAUAAGAUCAAAGAGGAAUAUAAGAAACUGCACCAGUUUCUUAAAGAUGAGGAGGCGAGAUGGACCCGUAGCUUGCAGAAAGAAGUGAAAUCUCAAGAGUUGAAAAUCAGGGCUAGAAUGGAGGAGCUGUCCAAACAGAUCUCAGACCUGUCAGAGAAGGUGGCAGCUGUAUGGCAGGACAUGGAAGCUGAAAACAUCACAUUUCUUCAGAAUUACAGUAAAAACCUUCAAAGAGUUCGAUGCUCAUCAGAUCCAAACACGGACCCAGAGCUAAAUGAAUAUCAACUUCAUCCUCCCCAGACCAUGAUCUUCACCACCUGGGCCAGAAUGCUUGAACUUGUGGAAAAACCUCCUGUGACUUUGGACCCAAAGACGGCCUCUCCAAAGCUGCUGUUGUCACCGGAUUGGUCCAGUAUCCAGUAUGUGGAAAGCAAAUUGUGUGUGUCUGAGAAUCCAGAGAGGCUAUAUGUGGGAGUUCUGGCUUCACAGGGCUUCAGCUCGGGUCUGCACUGCUGGGAUGUAGAGAACAUAAUUCAGCUUGUCAGUUUUCACAAAUCCUCCAUUCACCUGCCGUCCACAGGGGGGGACACAGGGACAGGUGAAUUGUGAUCUUGUGUGCUGAGCACAGGAGGUGUGCGUGUGUUUCAAGUAGAGACUCGUUGAGCUGGAUAACAGGUCAAGGGGUCACUCGCAGGCAAGUUUGCUGUCAAGGCUGGAUAGGCCGAUGGCGAAGGCCUGCAGCGCACACACAUGGGGUAGUUAAAGUGUGGCCGGCAGUCGACCGUUUUUUUUUAACGUUCAACCAAUUUUUUAUAAAAUAAACAAACAACAGAAACGAAAGUAAAGUGCCGACAGCUCCAUCGCGGUCAACUGCCGGCCACACAAACAUAAUAAAACAUAACAUAAAAUUCAGGCCUGGUCCUCUCUCCUCUUUCACUGUUGUCGCUCCUCAUUUUAUGCUUCCGGAGCUCCUCCGUGAGAGAUGCGAGACUGGUGCAAAGCGCAGCUCGCGCCGUUCCCUCACGACCCUCGUCUCGCUCUGCUUGUCACACUUUUCUUUUGGGGCAAUGGUUGAUACUAAUUCAUAGGACAGACUUGGAGGUUGAGUUUUUACUAUUUUGUCUCAUAUGUUUUCGGUUUUCUCUGUAAAAAAAUUAAUGAAUUCAUUGCUACCAAGGUGCGGCGGAAUAACCAGGUCAGGUGAUGUCUGUUUAUUUGUUAAUUUAGCAACUGUACUAAAUAAAAACCUUGGAUUGUUUUUGUUAGUUUCUAUGGGGUUUCGGAGGUGCUCAGCCUUUGCUGCUUUUAGUGCCUUUUUAUAACAGUUUGCAUUCUCUUUCCACGCCAUUUUUAAGACCUCUAAUUGGGUUUGUUUCCAUUUGCGCUCCAGUUUACGUGUUUCUCUUUUAAGGGCACGAGUGGUGCUAUGUUUUUCUCAUUAAUCUUUUUUUACUUCAUAGGUGCAA